AUAUCACAACAAAUUUCAAACCAAAAUGGCCAGCCUACCAAGUCGAAGGACACUCCAAAGACUUUUUAGUCAAUAUAUCAGAGGAAAACAGAAUAUCACUAGACAACAUCACUCCACAGAUGGUGUUCAGCACAUUGAUAAGAUCCUCAUUGCUAACCGAGGUGAGAUAGCCUGUCGUGUCAUACGUACCGCUCGUCGCCUAGGGAUCAGGACUGUUGCUGUAUACAGCGAUGCAGACAAAGACUCAUUACAUGUUUCCAUGGCAGAUGAGGCCUAUAAUAUUGGACCUCCUGCAGCUUCACAGAGUUACUUAUGUCAGGACAAAAUCAUGAAUGUUGUGAAAGCAUCUGGAGCACAGGCUGUACAUCCUGGAUAUGGCUUCCUGUCAGAGAAUACAGAAUUUGCAGAGCUGUGUGUGAAAGAGGGGGUGGAAUUUAUUGGUCCCCCAGCCUCGGCCAUAAGAGACAUGGGCAUCAAGAGUACAUCAAAGUACAUCAUGUCUGCUGCUGGAGUGCCUAUCAUUGAGGGUUACCAUGGUGAGGACCAAUCAACUGCCACACUUGCUGCAGAGGCUGCUAAGAUUGGCUACCCUGUCAUGAUCAAGGCUGUGAGGGGAGGGGGAGGAAAGGGUAUGAGGAUUGCUCACAAUGCUGAAGAAUUUGAGUCGCAGUUGGAUUCAGCAAAGGCAGAGGGAAUGAAAUCAUUUGGUGAUGAUGUCAUGUUGCUCGAAAAAUAUGUAGAAAAACCGAGACAUGUGGAGGUACAGGUGUUUGGGGACAAGCAUGGCAACCACGUGUAUCUAUUUGAGCGUGACUGCAGCGUACAGCGUCGCCACCAGAAAAUCAUAGAAGAGGCACCAGCACCUGGGCUUUCAGAUGAAGUGAGAAGAUCUCUGGGUGAGGCGGCAGUGCGGGCAGCACGGGCUGUCGACUAUGUUGGAGCAGGUACUGUUGAGUUUAUUAUGGACAAACACCAGAAGUUUUUCUUCAUGGAGAUGAACACACGACUGCAGGUGGAGCACCCUAUAACUGAGAUGAUAACGGGCACAGACCUGGUGGAGUGGCAGAUCAGGGUGGCAAGUGGUGAGAAGAUUCCUGUUGAACAGAAAGACAUACAGUUCAACGGUCAUGCUUUUGAGGCUCGUAUUUAUGCUGAGGACCCUAACAAUACCUUCAUGCCAGGGGCAGGGCCAUUACUACACCUAACCACGCCAGCUUCUGAUGAAAACACCAGGAUUGACACCGGCGUCAGACAAGGUGACGAGGUAUCUGUUUACUAUGACCCAAUGAUCGCCAAACUUGUGGUUUGGUCAGAGGACAGAGGUUCUGCACUGCGCCGUGUCAAGGCUGCACUGGCUGACUACCAUGUGCUUGGUUUAAGUACAAACAUCCAGUUUCUGAUGGACCUUGCAGGCAACCCACACUUUGAGGCAGCUCAAGUGCACACAGACUUCAUUCCACAACACUAUAAUGAACUGUUCCCUGAGAGGACGGUGUCUGACACCGCUCUAUGUCAAGCUGCUAUCUCCCUGGUACAACAGGAGGCUGUCAGAGCCAGGGAAAGAUCAACUUUAGAUCCAUUUUCACCUUUUACACUGUGUACAGCUGCCAGAGUGAACUCACAGCUAAUAAGAAUAAUUGUCCUUCAGGAUGGAGAUGAGAAAGUUCAGAUAACUGUGCAGUCUAACAGAGACGGCUCCUACUCCAUCAAGGUCAAGGACAGGCAGUAUCAUGUGACUGCCACUCAGCGUAAAGAGGGCGACGAGAUGAAUAUUACAUGUAACAUUGACGGGAAAUUCUCUAGUGCUCGCAUAGUACGGAUGGGAUCCUCCAUUCACAUAUUCUCACUGGAUGGCAGACAGGACCUGACUCUGCCGGUGCCCGAGUAUCUAAGUGCGUCUGGGUCCAAAGCCAGUACUGGGGACCCUGUUGCUCCCAUGCCAGGGGUCAUAGAAAAGGUGAUGGUCAGUGUUGACGAUGUUGUGACCAAGGGACAGCCGCUUGUCAAGAUGAUAGCCAUGAAAAUGGAGUAUAACAUAAUAUCACCAACGGCUGGAGUGGUAAAAAAGGUGUUCUUCAAAGAAGGUGACACUGUACCAAAGGGUGCUGUCCUAGUCCACAUCGAGGCUGAUCCAGAAGAAGGGGAGACAGACUGAAGGAAACGUCAUUCUAGUCAUUUAACAACAGACCAUGGACAUUUAAUUGUGAAUUAGAAGUAAGUGUUUAGAACAUAUGGCGAAAUUCCAAACCUGUGAACAAAAGGGAAGUCCUGCAAAAAUCUCAGGUUAAACUAUUUAUACUGUAAACAUGAAACUUCUGUGUAUGUUCCUUUCACCGUUCAAGGUUUUUGAACUAUUUGCUGGUUCAAAUGUUUCUGGUAAGCCACUAGAUACUAUGAUUACGUAUGAACAAAUGUUAGAUUUAGCAAAUGUGACACAUCAAAUAAGCAUGAAAUACAAUUCAACAUCUUUUAACCCUUACAGGUCAAACAUUUAUCUUUCAUAUGCAGUUAAUCACAUAAUGAACUAGGGUAGGUUCCAUGACAGCAAUAAACAUUUGUGUCGUUAAAAUAUUUAAGGACAGAAAAAACUUUAUUAUUGCUACGGAAUACUUGGGUACCUGUAGUCAUUUACUUCCAAUCCAACACUAAUAUUUCCACUGUGGCUGUGAAUAUCAACACAGAAAAACGUAUAUGAGAGAAAAAUGCUACAAUUUUAUCAGAAUUUUAUCACAGCCAAUAUUUCAAAAAGCUAUUUCAUGAAACUAUAGAUAUGCAAUGUGUAACUUCAUUUGAUAAUGAUGUGUUCAAUUAGCAGGAUAUGAUUUAAACGUUUGUGAUGUAGAAAUUGGAAAUUAAAUUUAAAAAAUAGACAAAAAGCCUUGAACGAAUUAUGAACAAAUUACAACCAUAUAAGUGUCAUUGUGAACUAUGUCAAUAAUGUUUGUAAACAUUAUAUUCUGUCAUUCCAGAUAUAGAUAUAUGAAGGGGGCAGGAAACAUGUUUUAUUAAAUAUAUAGUUGGGUUUUACAUUAAGAGGGUAGGGGACAUUUCUUAUCAAAUAUAUACUGGGGUUUACAUUUAAGGGUGGGAGAGGAAAAAUAAAUAUAGAUAUAUAGGUGAUGGGGUCUACAAUAAUUAGCUAGGAGGGGGAAUACAUUGAAGGUAAUGGCUGUCAAAAUGAAAAGUGUCUCCACAUUCCCAUAUAUUUGCAUCUGAAAUAGUCCAAAAUAAUACUGACUUUUACAAUUUGUGAGAGCAGGUUGUCCUGCUGCAACUUUGUUAGUUAUGAAAAAAAGUAAUGACAUUUUUUAGUGUUAUUAAGUAUGAAAUGCCAGUCUGAUUACAUGUAUUUGAAAUUUCAAUAUAAAAACACCAUGAUUAAUGUCAUGAGUAAGAAAAUGACGUUUACGUGACUGAAGGUUUUGUUUCCGUACUGGAAUAGGGUUAUUCAUCGCUUGUUUGAAGUAGAGCUUUACGCUGUUGUUUCAAGUUCUUUACAAUGAAUACUGAGAGCUGUUUUGGUUGUUAAACAUGUUAUUUAUGUGAGGAUGUGAUACAAAUUUUAUGAUAUAAAUACACAUGUAUAUGUUUGUGUGUGUGUCUUGGAUUAUGAAUGAACAAUACCAAGUGUAUUUGAUACUCACUAUAUACAUUUUUUACAUAAUAUGAAAAAGUGUGAUUACUCGUAUAAAAUAAAAUUAAAAAAAUGUUA